UUGGAAGCGCUAUUGUUUUUGACCAAACAGCCGCUAAAAUAGUUAUUGACUACAGCGGGCAAUGAAAACCCUAUAAAAACACUUUAUAUGGCUGUCUACUAUGGGAUCUGGUGGUUCUAAAACUACUGUAAUACAGGUUGCUCCUAAAGAUCAGGCGGAAAACGUAAUUGAAAAUGAUAACAAAGCGAAGAAAGAGGGAACCAAGCAACAAGGAAAAACAGCUUUCAAAGAUUCGCUAGACGACAACAACGUCGAAUGUUCGCCUGAAAAGAACAUAAAUACCCCACAAGGACCUAAUUUACCUGAGGUAAAGAAAACAAACGACGAAAAUGUAGCUGUCACUUCAGAGAAUGUGGACGAAAUUUUAAAAUCCAAAGGCUUUGACGAUGUUGUCCUGGCAUCGCAUUGUAGAAAUACGCCAGAUUUGCUUGAUACGUUUAUUAAAAUCUUCGAACAUGUACAAUCUAUCAGAGAAAAGAUAGAAGAAGAGGAAGAAGACUUGAUAAAUGCUUUAAAUAAAGAUGUCAAAGGGMUAUCAUCUGUUUAUCAAUCCGUGAAGAAAACGUUCCGAAUUAAAAAAGGAAACUUACUUGCGGAACUUGGAUUUGCAGAUGUUURUAAAGAUGUUGUUGACAAACUGCUUUCCAAAUAUCCUAAUAUGUUGUCUGUGGUAAAAUUUGAACCAGUGUCUGAGAAAAAUGCAGAUAACGCGAAUGAAUCUGACGGAGUGAAGAACACGGAUAAUGCGAAUCGGUCUGACGGUGCGAAAAAUGCAGAUACUGACACAAAUGGUUCUGGCGGAGAGAAAUAUUUGGAUAACACGACAGGAUUUGACGCUGAAAAUAGCAAGGAUAGCACAAAUGUAUCUGACCCUGAAAAAAGCAAGGAUAGCACGAAUGCGUCUGGUGGUGAGAAAAAUUCCGGUAACACGGACCCAGAUAUCGACAAGGCCAAAAAGGAGUUGAAAAAAGCUAGAGUAUUUUUACAGACAUUGCUAAGAAUAUCCGUCAAUUAUACCGAUUUAUGCGAUGCUAUGUCGGUUGCCUUCAGUAAAGCUGGUCUAGUUCCUAUCUGGGUUAAUUUUGUUGAACAGCUGAAAGAUUGCACAGAGUUUCACUUAAAAUGGGUGGAUGACAAUGGCAACUUAAAAAAGAAAACAGACAGGGGACUUAUCCUUUCUAUGACACUUGGAACAAUACAUAAUAUGGCUAAGCGUAUACCGACAAGGGCUAAUUUCCACGCAUGCAAUGCGGUCAGGAUUCUUGUUCCAUAUUUGGAAGAUCCAAUUGCAUUUUUUGCAACAAAAGCACUUCUGUCGUUAKCAUAUCUCAUCGAUGAAAGCAAUGAAGAACUUAUAAAGUCCAAGGAAGAACCUAUCACAUUCAUGAUAUCAAUCCUUCGAAAGGCGAUAGCAAAAGAAAAUAAAAGACAUAUUGGGCUUUCAAGCAGCGAAAUUGCGAAUGGUCUUGCGCAGAUCUCAAUUAACGACAACAACAAGAAAUUGAUUGUCACCCACGGAGCAAUCCCCGUGCUUAUGUCUAUGAUAACAUCGGCAAAUGACGAUGAAGAGAGAAUUGAAGCUGUAGGAGCAUUAUGGUCACUUGCUUUUGACGAGGAUAACCGAAUAAAGAUGAGAGAAACUGAGGGAUUGCUGGAAUUACUGAGAUCAAUGAAAUCUAAUAAUAACAAUCAGAUUACAAAGGUCGUAAAUGGUGCAUUGUGGGAAAUAGAAGGGAAACAAAGUCACGCAUCGGAAGAGUCUACGGCGUCAAAGGGGCCGAUGCAAAACCACAUUAUGAUCAGUUACCAGUGGGAUGUCCAGAAACUUAUGAUUCAAGUCAAAAACCGCCUGCAGUCAUCUGGUUUUAGGGUGUGGAUGGACUUGGAACAAAUGGGAGGAUCGACYCUUGCAGCCAUGGCAGAAGCUGUGGAGAAUUCGGCCGUAGUUCUUAUUUGUAUAUCUCAAAAAUAUAAAGAAAGUGCGAAUUGUAGAUCAGAGGCAGAAUAUGCUUUUCAACUAAAGAAAGACAUCGUUCCAAUCAUGUUAGAAAAGAACUAUAGACCAACAGGAUGGCUUGGGAUGAUUUUGGGUUCAAARCUCUGGAUAGAUUUCACACAAGGACUACGAAGACUGGAAACUAGUGCAAAAGAACUGAUCCGUGAACUUGGUACAAGGGGAAAAGAAGGUGAACAGACCGUUACGGCAAUGAUAUCUGACACUGUAGACGCUUCAGGAUCAAAGUCCAAACCGAAAGUCGACAUCAGUGGCUGGACAAAUAGUGACGUCAUGACAUGGAUAGAAACCUUUGAUAUCGAAACAAAAGAGAAAAAUUCUUUGCAUAAGCUGAAYGGUACUAUGUUGAUGUUACUCCACUCUCUACGAAGCGAGAGUCCUGAUUAUUACUACACAUCUCUCAAGGACGAUAUUGGCUUAUACGAUGUUUGUAGCGUUCUUCGGUUUACUCAUGAGCUAGAAAAACUGUGUGGUUGAUAUUUUACAAUGUAUUUCUCCGGUUCAAAAUCUGCCACUUUUCUUUACCCCCGCUUCCCUCUCUCGUGAGAUGUCAAGCUAAACCUCCAAGAUUAAAUGACGGAUUUCCCGAUCAUGGUAUUCAUUAGUAUCUACAAAACUAUGGGUCAUCAAAAAUUCAGCAGCAUUCUGAUUGGCUAUGGUAUAUUCAUGAUAUAUAUCAUGAUCGCAUUGAAUGAAGCAAAAAUAGUCGAAACUAAUGUCGAGAAAAAUUGCAUAUCAAAGAAUUUUAUGUCAUUCGUGCGGGAUCCCUGUGGAUUUUAGUUUCGUGCUUCCUUUAGCGAAUCCAUGCCAUAUAAGGAAACAAACAAAAUAGCCGAUUGUUCAGAAGUGUUUAGUUUCAGACAGUCCACAUGUAAUUCCAAAUAAGGSAAGAUUACCAAAUGUGGCUGUUAAACGAAGGAAAUCUUUUCUGAGGCAAUUCUUUGAUAUGCUCUUUCAGAUGGCCUUGUUUCAAAUUUACCCUAUAGUUUGGUGGAUAGCCUUGUCGGCCAAGUACGGACUCGUAGACUAUAAACUGCUCGAAGACCUCGUGGUCUAAUCGAUGAAUAUUUAUUUAUAUUUUUUAUUUAUAUUUUAUAUUUAUUUAUUUAAUAUACGUUCAUUGAAGUAAUUGUGACCGCUAAUAUAUAUAUAAAAAAUCAUUUUAAAGCAGAGAUUUCAAGCUACAAGUUGGUAUUUUGUAUUAUAUUAUUCUACUUAUGAAUAUAUAAAAUAUUGGGUAGCUGGUAUUUCAAAACUAAAUCUUUAAUUUUUUUUAUAAAUAUUUCGAAAGAUUUUGAUUGAUUUGUAUUUUUAGUUACCGAGAACAGAGCAAAAAUCAUAUGAAAUUGCCCCUGCUGCAGCCGAUUUGUUAAGGAUAACAUUUUUUUGCAAAUGGCUGUGAAGAUGUCAUGCGUAAAUAAGAGUGUAUGGUUUUUUAAAAUAAAAUCAGAAUCAAAAGCUUGA